AUGAGGCACGUGCUGGUGAUUUUGCGACGAAAUCUGCAAAACAUAAAGAAAAGCCCCCGCGUAGCCGAUGAGAACAGGUAUGGAGGUGGAGGGAACAGCAACAAUAAUAAUGGGAUUUUCAUAGAUAGAUCAUCAUCUCGAGGGUCCUGGAAUUGGAUCUCAGUGAUUUGCAAUGUUGUAAGAGCUCCUCUUUCUCUAGUUUCAUGCUUUUUUGCUCAACCCCAUGUUAAUGGAGCUACCGAUGGGGUUUGGGUGUCAACUGAAAUUGCUCAAAUAUCGGAGAUGAAUCACUUGAUGGUCAGUGACAGCAUGCGUUAUGCAAUCCUGAUGUAA